UCCAUCAAGUCAUGAACGCUACUCCACGAAGAGUCCCCCGCCGUCCGGAGCUCUUCAAGGGGCGGAGAGGCGGCCGCCCCUCAGCCGCCGCCGCCGCCCCUCAGCGGGGCCGCCCCUCAUCCUCCCCCCAACAUGGCGGCUCCCCCGCCUCCCCUCAGCGGCGCCGCCACCGCAUCGCCACCACCUCCCCUCUUCACUGUGGCUUUUCCACCUCCCCUCGACGCCGCCGCCGCCGCCGCCGCCGCACCGUCAGCGCGUCCCCUCAUGAUAGCGGCUCCUCCGCCUCCCCUCGGCGGGGCCGCCCCUCAGCCUCCCCCCAACAUGGCGGCCCCUCCCCUCAGCAGCGGCCCUGCCCCUCAGCUUUCCCCGCGGGUUCUUCCCGCCCGGCGCAGCCGCGGAGCCGCACUCCGGGCGCGGAGCGGGCGGGAAGGGCGGUGUGGCGUCGGCCGCGGCGGGGCAGGAUGGCGCUGCCGCAGCAGUGCGAGGCUGCGUUCGGCACCGCGGACCUGUACGGCGUGCUGGGCGUGCGGCGCGGCGCGUCCGCGCAGGAGAUCCGCCGCGGCUACCACCGCGCCUCGCUGCGCCUGCACCCCGACCGCGUCCCGCCCGAGCAGAAGGAGGAGGCCACGCGCCGCUUCCAGAUCCUGGGCAAGGUGUACGCCGUGCUGAGUGACGAGAAGCAGCGCGCGGUGUACGAUGAGACGGGCACGGUGGAUGACGACGCCGAGGUGCUGCAGGACGGGCGGGACUGGCUGGAGUACUGGCAGCUGCUCUUCAAGGUCACCGUGAAGGACAUCGAAGACUUCCAUAAGAGCUACAAAAACUCGGCGGAAGAGCUGGCUGAUGUGAAGGCAGCGUACAUGAAUUUCAAGGGUGACAUGGAUCGGAUCAUGGAGUCCGUGAUGUGUGCGGAUUACACGGAUGAGCCCAGGAUACGGGAAAUGAUAGAGCAAGCCAUCGACUCCGGGGAGCUCCCGUCCUUCAAGGCUUUUGUAAAGGAGUCGAAGCGGAAGAUGAUGUCCAGAAGAAGGCGGGCAGAAAAAGAAGCUAAAGAGGCAAAAAAGACUAAAGAUGAACUGGGCCUUGGUGGAGAAAAUGACUUGCAAGCACUGAUUAAAAGCCGAAGCAGAGAUCGAGAAAAGGAAAUGGAUAAUUUCUUGGCCCAACUGGAAGCAAAAUAUGGGAGCAGUGCUAAGAAAGGAGGAAAGAAGACCUCAGCCAAGAAAAGAAAGGCAGAAGGAACGGCAUAGACUGAAAAACCAGGUUUAAUUUUGUAUGGAAACGUGGAUUUGGGAGAAUUUGGGGUGUUUUCUAGGCUCCUGUUUUGGACUGUGUGCAUUGACUGGCUGUAAUUGGGAGGCGUGACACGGAAUGCAUCCUGAACAAGGAAGACAAGGCACUGCUGUGCUCAUGUUUCCGACCCUUGGGGUGCUCUACAGUUUAGAUCCAUGUGUGCUGUUCACACAUUUCUUCUGUAACAAACCUCCUGCUAUUUUUAAAGGUCUUUGCACAUCAGCUCAACAGGUGUUUUUCCAGUAGUUUUAUAGUUUGGAAAAUUGCAGAUUUAAUAAAUGAGAAGGUUGGUUUGGUUUUUUUUUCCAGA